AGAUAAUAAAAGACGAUAUUGGCAUUGUGAUUAAAGAGAAAUGUUAUUUGAAUUUUGUAAUCUAGAAAUGAAUUGUUGAUUUAUUGAUUUUUGGUAAAAUAUUGAUUUUCCUCAGGUAUAAAAACAAUUAUAUAAAACUCUUUAUGAAUAUAAUAGAUAAGAUAUGGCAUAUAUAAUCAGAGCAAUGAAAAAUGCCACAGAGAAAUACCCAAUUCUUCGUGGAAUGGUAACAUAUUCAGUGCUGUGGCCAGCCUCCAAUUUCGUACAACAGUCAAUGGAUAAAACACGAGAAAAGUAUGACCCAGUUGAGUCAUUGCGAUAUCUAUUCCUUGGAAGUUUUGUAACAGCACCGACAGUUUAUGUCUGGGUAAAAUUAGCAAGUAAAAUCAUAAAGGGAACAUCUUUAAAGCAUGCUCUACUGAAGGCUGGCCUUGAGCAAGUCCUUUUUGCUCCUGUAGGUCAAACACAAUUUUACUUGGGGAUUACUCUACUGGAAGGUCGACCUUGGCCUGAGUGCAUAAAGGAAUGGAAAGACAAAUUACUUCCAACAUGGAAGGUUGCGGUUUGCUUUUGGCCAGUUGUCCAAACCGUCAAUUUUGCCUAUGUGCCGGAAAAAAACCGUGUAGUUGUGGUUUCAGUUGCAUCCUUCAUAUGGACAAUAUUCUUGUCUUACAUGCAUCACUUUGAUCAAGAAAUGCUUCCAAUUUUCCUACAGACUAUGGAUCAGUCAAGUGAGGCACUUUCUACUGGAGAAAAUUUGGAAUUUGACAAAGAAGAAUUAACCAAAGAUAUGUUAUAGCAGCA